AUGUCUGACGUCGCGGAGACCAAGCCCGACCCCACCACUGCCGCUCCUGAGGAGCAGCAGCCCGAGAUUACCGCCACCGGCGAGGGCGAGAAGACUGUGACCGAGACUGCUGUCGACGCCGCCAAGGACGCUGCUGAGACUGCCAAGGACGCCGCUGCUAAGACUUCGGACAGCGUUUUCUCCAUGUUCGGUGGUGGCCCCAAGAAGGAGAAGAAGGAGGAGACCGAGGAGGGUGCAGAUGAGCCCUCUGGCUCUUCUAAGGCCCAACAGGCCGAGGCUGCCGAGGCUAACGAGGAUGAGGCCCCCGAGUCCCCCGAUGUUCACUUCGAGCCCGUUAUCCGCCUGACCGAGAAGGUGGAGACCAAGACCAACGAGGAGCUCGAGGAGCAGGUCUUCAAGAUGCGCGCCAAGCUGUUCAAGUUCGACCGUGAGAGCAAGGAGUGGAAGGAGCGUGGUACCGGUGAUGUGCGUCUGCUUAAGCACAAGGAGAACCAGAAGACUCGCCUUGUUAUGCGUCGCGACAAGACCCUCAAGGUCUGCGCCAACCACUACAUCGUCCCUGAUAUGAAGCUGAGCCCCAACGUUGGCUCUGACCGCAGCUGGGUUUGGAACGCCGCUGCCGAUGUCAGUGAGGGUGAGCCUGAGGCUCAGACCCUGGCCAUCCGCUUUGCCAAUAGCGAGAACGCCAAUCUCUUCAAGGAGGCCUUCGAGAAGGCCCAGGAAGAGAACGAGAAGCUCUUCAAGGCUGAUGAGUAA